AUGGCUUUUGGUUCCUUUGGCCAAAACUUGGUACCCAUCUCUGAUCUUCAUCCAAAUUCAACACGUCCUAGUGUAGCUGGAAUAGUAAUUGGAAAAAUUGAUGCUAAAGGAUUUCCUGACCGAAAGAACAUUGGAACAGAAAGAUAUACUUUUACUUUCACUAUUCGAGAUUGUCCAAUUUAUUUCAUCAAUGUAGUUUGUUGGGGGAGAGAAGAAUAUGUGAGAGGACUAUCUAACAGUUUCAGAAUUGGGGAUUGUGUUGUAAUUGAAAAUCCACUAGUACAGACUAAAGAUACAGAAAAGGAAGAAAGAUUCAGCCCAUCUACUUCAAGUUGCUAUAAACUUUUGGUCAGUGAGAACUUCUCAACAGUCAAGAUAUGCCAUGAUCUGGAGAUUGAAACUAGGCUUCUCUCCUUGUUGCAUUUGCCUGUGAAAGACCACCAGGAUUACUACUCACUUGGAGAUAUUGUCCAUAAUGGGCAAAGCCUAAAUGGGUGCCUUAUCAAUAUUCUGGCAUCAGUCAGAUCGGUAGGAGAGCAGAAGCAUUUUACCACAGCUGACAGAAGAAAAGGACAACGAUGUGAAGUAAAACUAUUUGAUGAAACUGUACCUUCAUUCUUAAUGAACUGCUGGGAUAAUGAAUCCAUACAGCUUGCACAGACAUGGGUACCCAGGGAAACAGUACUAUUCAUAGCUGAUGUACGAGUCAACUAUGAUAAUUUUCGCAACAGCAUGACUGCCACAGUGAUUGCUAAAACUAUCAUUACAACAAAUCCUGACACAAAAGAGGCCAAUCUGUUGUUUAACUUUGCCAAAGAUUAUGCAAGAAAUGAUGAUGAAGAUCCUGAACAAGUUAAUGAAUUAAUAAACUUAAAUUCCAUUGUGGAUGUGUUCACAGUGCAGCAGUUCAAAAAUAAAGCAAUAGACCAUGGUGGCAAAGCAGAACCUGUUUAUGGAAUUGUGUAUGCUUACAUUACAAUGCUUAACAUUGAUACUGACAAUUCAAAGAUAAUAAAAUCCAGAUGUGGUAGGUGCAGAUUUUUGAUCGAUAUUGGUUCAAACUUAUGCACAAAUCCUUCUUGUUCAUUUGGCGCAAUGAACUCUUCAAAUAUCAUUACCAAUUUUGAUUUCUGGGUGGAUGUGUCCGACCACACAGGCACUCUUCAGUCUUGUAACUUAACAGGAAGUACAGCUGAAAAAACUCUUGGUUACACAACAGAUGAGUUUUGCAGCUUAACAGAAGAGCAGAAAACAUCAUUAAAAUGGAACUUCCUUUUGGAGAGGUGUAAAAUCUAUCUAAAGUUGAUUCCAUCAGGUAAUGCAAGAAAUGGAAUAAGAACAAGUUUGCUUUCCUGCAAAAUAGCUGAUCCUGAAGAGGCUAGUCAGACUUUGUCCAGCAUAGCAAUUUUCUGA